CACCAGCUGUGGGCCACAGACAGAGAACAGAGAAGUACAGGAUUUAGACACAUUAGACCAACUACUGAGUCAGUUAGAAAGGUAAUCAUACAGUAAGUUAAUACAGUAAGUAAAAGUAACUUAGAAUCAUACAUAUUACAAUAAGAGGUCAGACAGACUGAAUUAGUUGAUUCAUUCAUUGAUUGGGGUAAUCAUUGAUAUUCGGUACGGUUAGUUAAGAUGGCAAACUACGUCAACAAACAGGUGAUUGAAUUGAAUGAAGUUACUGAAGAAAACCGGAACAGAUUAUCGAGGAGCGUGAAGACUGAGACCCAUCUCUCAGAUGGAAGACUAAGACUCUACAGGCUGGCUGCUGUGUGUUUUGGAGUGCUGUGUGUUCUACAAGUCACUCUCAACAUCUUCCUGAGACUGGAUUUCUUCCACUCCAACAGAGAGAGAGAGCAGUUAAACGGCUGUUACAACACCACUGGCUUGGCGCAGGUUGGAGACCAGCCAGAUACCAGUACUAUCAUGGAUCUGUGUACAGAGAGAGACCAGUGCCGGAUGAACAGAAACCAGCUAGAGAGGGAGAGAGACAAAGAGAAAAUGGACAAAAAACAGUUACUGGAGCGUUACACUGCCCUGACUACAGAACGGGACAGGUUGAGAAAAAGGGUCAGUCUUCUGACCAAUGAGAAGGUGGUGCUCUCUAUCUGUGGUACUGGAAGAGUGGUGGAAGGGAGUGGCAUGGCAGUCCAAACGAUGAGGACUGUGUUAAAGUGUCCUAAACGAUGGAGGAUGUUGGGAUCCAGCUGUUACUUCCUGUCUACUGAGAGGAAAACCUGGGAGGAGUGCAAACUGGAUUGUCUGGCGAGAGGAGCAGACCUGGUGAUCAUAAACAGCAGACAGGAACAGUUGUUGUACCAGCUGCAUGGUGAUGCAGAUCUCCUGGUCUGGAUUGGUCUGACUGACACCGUUAAUGAGGGGACCUGGAAAUGGGUGGACGGCACACCACUGACCACAUCGUAAGAGAAAUUACUACUUUUAUA